AUGCCGCCAACCUACCCUGACCCUAAGCCUGAGAUGAUGCGCCUUUCUUGUUCUCUUCCAUUCGAACCUGAGAAGCGCCAGGAUGCUGCAAAGCUCUACCGCGUCCUCUCGCACCGGCCGCCAGUCGGGAGCCGAGAUAAAAUGGGCCGUCUUGAGUGUGUCCAAAUGACCAUGCAACAGCGAAUACUUGGCUUCGGAGCCUUCCUGUUGCAGUACGUCGUGGCCGUGGUUGUGCUGCUGAUGGCGAUCCAGCUCAUACUUGCCAGCACGACACCUAUAGCUACGAUUGGUAAGCUGUGGGUGGUUUUCACGACUCUGGACUUUGACAAUUACCUUUGCAACUUUAUCCUCUUCAUCUUCGACUGCGAGCAUGCCUUCACUUGGGAGGCAAAGCUCCAGCGCCGAUCGGCGCGGCGGCUUGGCCCGCAACCUUUCAG